AUGGUGGUGGCGGGUGUGUCCCACGCCAUCUCCAUCUCAAUCUCCACCCCCACCAGAGCCCCCUCUUGCAACGAUUUCCGCGCCCAAAAAGCACCCUCUUCCUUUUUCGGCCUGGCCCACUCUCCCCAGCCCAAUCUCUCCAUCUCCGCCAGAAGGAACCGCCACAACACCACCCACUCUUGCCGCUGCACCCUCAAUUUCGACGACACCUGCCUCAAUUGGGAUUGGAACCGAUGGUGCCGCUAUUUCUCCGAAAUCGAACAGGCCGAGAACUUUGCCUCUGUCCUCAAGUUUCAACUUGAUGAUGCUAUUGAGAAGGAGGACUUUGAAGAGGCCAUUAAGUUGAAGAGGGCUCUAUCGGAGGCAACGUCGAAGGACACUAGUGCUAUAGAUGAUGAACGAUAUCAUGAUGCUUCAAGGUUGUGUAAAUGCACUGGAAGUGGACUGGUAGGCUGGUGGGUGGGGUACUCAAAAACCUCAGAUGACCCCUUUGGUAGAAUUAUACAUAUAAGUCCUGGUAUGGGUAGAUUCAUUGGCAAGAGUUACAGUCCAAGACAGUUGAUGACAGCAUCUACUGGAACUCCAAUUUUUGAAAUUUAUGUGGUAAAAAAUGUCGAUGACACAUAUCAUAUGCAGGUAGUGUAUUUGCGACAAGCGAAAGGAAAGUCAAGGAGAAACUCUCAAUCUAUAUCUACUAAAGGCCCAUCCAAACCUGAGGUGGAUAAUGUAUCUUCAGUUCAGGUGCAGGAAGAUGAAGAGAAGGUUGAGAGAAAUGAUGAGAAAAACAGUAAUAUUGAGGCAGUAACUGAAGAGGGCAUUAAAAGUGUUAUAAAUUUUCUUAAAGAAAAAAUUCCAGGAUUAAAAGUCAAAGUUAUGAAUGUUAAUGUUGAAGACGAAGCAGCAGGGAACAAUGAUUCUAUUCAACAAUUGAUGGAAGAAGAUAGUAAUAAAACUGGCUCCAGUGAGAAUCAUGAAGAGGAAGUUGAUAAUCUCGAUGAACCUGAUGGGGUAACUCUGGACAGAGAUGGAGAUGCCACGGAUGAAGAAAAGGAUUUGGAAAUGAAGCUUUUUAUUGGUGGGGUUGUGCAUAACAAUGAGGAUACUCCAGUGAAGGAUGAAUUUAUACGUCUUCCUGCUGUAAUAAAAAAUAUGGAAAAGGAUUCUUUUGUCUUUCAUUUUGCUAGCAAAAAUCUAGACUAUGGUAUCAGAGAAGAUAAAGUUCCCAAUAUCAAAGUAGCUGCUUUAGCAGCGCAAGGAGUUUCUGAGCUUAUGCCUCCUGAUGUUGCUAAUGCAUUUUGGAGUUCUGACAAAGUCUCUUCCAAGCAUGCUAUCAAAGUUGUACCAUCCUCCAUGACCUGUUUUGUCACUAUUCCGCUAUUGAGUUUCUUUGAACUAAAAAGUCCCAAAUGCGCUGCCUAUGACUUUGCCCCUGAUACAUUGGCCCUGGCUGUUCUCCCAAGUGCAUUUGCUCUAACUUUUUCUCAAAUGCAUUGGCCCUACAUUGUCCGAGAUGCACGGACAUGUCUCGCCAUGCGUGAUAUUGUCAGAGUUGCUAUGAGUCAAGCACAGAAAAGAACUAGAUUAUCUGGGGAUACAUAUUUUAACCGGAUAACUUGUUCAAGAGGGAAUUCUGAUCCUUUUGAUGGACUCUAUGUUGGCGCGUUUGGCCCUUAUGGCAUGGAAAUAGUUCACUUGAGGAGAAAAUUUGGACAUUGGAAUGAAGUAGACAGGGAACAUAACACUUCAGACCUGGGAUUCUUCGAAUAUUUAGAGGCUGUGAAGUUAACUGGGGAUCUUAAUGUUCCUGCUGGCCAGGUGACAUUCCGUGCAAAAAUUGGCAGAGGCAACCGCAACCCCAAUCGUGGGAUGUAUCCUGAUGAUUUAGGAGUGGUUGCUAGUUAUAAAGGCCAGGGGAGAAUAGCUGAUUAUGGUUUUCGAAAUCCAAAAUGGGUCGAUGGAGAACUGCUCCAACUUAAUGGCAAGGGCAUGGGGCCAUACAUGAAAGGUGCAGAUCUUGGUUUCCUUUAUGUCGUGCCUGAGCAAAGUUUUCUUGUGUUGUUCCACCGGUUGAAACUACCCGAGUGA